AUGCCCGCAUACUACAAGCGACACAGCCAGCCACACCCCACCACCACCGCCUCUACAGCAACAGCAACAGUAACAGUCUCAGUCGAGAAAGAGGUGAACAGCCCGACAGACACAAUCGACAACGAUAGCAGUUCAUCCUUACGGCCACAUAUCAUGGGUCAUCCAGGCUCUCGAGUUUCGCCAGUACACAGCUACUUUGAGCACAGUACUGGCAACAUGCACACAGUAUAUGCGCAGCUUAAUAACGGACGCAACGAGAACAACUCAUUACACCAGAGAAAAGUGCGCAACAGCCCUAUGGGCAUUACAAAGGAUCACUCGAUGCACCAGCAGCUGCUUAUUGUGGACACGCCAGACGCCAGAAACUCGCAGAGCCUGGUCAGCCGCUUGGCAGUGGUGAUGCAGCCAAGCAGCGAGGAUAACAUUGUUGUCGAAGGAAAGAAGGCAUUGCCUGGGGGGUCUGCGGAGAGGUCAGUCAAGGCUCUUUACCAGGUGGUUGGCAAUUCCACUCGCGUAGUGCACCAGGCAGAACGUAGGAGUGCACCGGAUUUCAAACAUCACCAGCACCAGCACCAGCACCAGCACCAGCACCAGCAGGGGCAGAAGAAGCACAUGGCUGCAAUCAUGCAGACAAUCGACCAGCAGCAGCAGCCCGAGCUGGGCCGUAAAAUUGCUGUUCCAAAGUCAAAGCUCAGCUUGUUGCGCCCUACACAUCGCCAGAUGCCCAGCUCGCGCGAAGUGGUCGAGAUUGGCCCAGUGUACACACAGAGUGGCGGCUUGGUGGCCCGGCGACCAUCAGACCUGAUGCUUCACAAUAACAAUGACGAUAAUGAUGGCGGUGCGGAUAUGGUUGUUGGCACAGAUGACAUGUGCUUGAGCGACAGUUACUGCGACGAUGUCGGCUAUGAUCUUGCUGAUGCUGAGAUUGACAGCUUGUUCUGCCGCUCGUUCGACAUGGACAUGCUGCCCGAUGCACCUGAGCGCAAAAUCAGCCACUACAAUAUUGGUGUCAAGGAGGUCCCACGCCGCUCGCCAACACCAACACCAGCGCCCAUCAGCCCUGUGCAAACCGAGGAGACGAACGAGCAAGCGCAUUAUGCGCCAAGCGUGGAGAACCGCAUUCCGGUACUUACGCAGUCUGCACUUGAUGAAAAGAGAGCAAGCAAUACAUAUGCUCGGAUGCUGACGAUGCGGUCCUCUCAAUCGCAAUCUCUGAACCUUGGCCAGGCACCCUUUGUCCCGGCUGCCUCGCCAGCGUGGAAUCCUGGAGCAGUGCCGGAUAUAAUAGUGCACAAGGAAAAUGAGGACGAGUCAUGGGUGUUUGUGGCCCCGCAGGAGGCAGCUCCCAGCCGGGACAUGCCUUCACAAACACCGGUGCUUUUGGAACCCCUCUCGUCUAAAAAGCCCCAGCGGCGCUCUUUUACCGCAGCCCUUUCGGGACUGGUCUUUGGAGCCAGCAUGUUGACCAGGAGGAAUUCAAAGUUGGCGCACAGCCAGCCAGAUGCAGACAAUAGCGGUUACUCUGAAUCCCGCUCACACAUGCCUGAGCGGGACCAUUUGGCCAUGCGCAUUAGCAGCAGCCGCAGCCGCAGCCGCAGCCGCAGCCGCAGUAUAAGGCCAACCUCCAAUAUUUUUGAUUUGCGGCGUUGGAGCGGCUACCAUCCACAGACAGAGUUCAUAGAGGCAUCAAAUAGCUUUGGCUCGCAGCCCAGUGUGCGCGACGAAUCCAGCAGCGCCAGUGGGGAAACGUGGGGCUGCGGCGAGGGAUGCUGGCCAAAGCUGUGGACGCGGCGGGCCAGGCUGCAGCAGAGCAGCCGGCGCUCAUCUGCCCAGUCGGUGGAUACUCGGAGCCAGAGCUCUGCUAGCCGUCAGUCGAGAGGCAGCUUCCAUGGCGAGCAACAACUCGAGCAACAGCCCGAGCAGCAGCAACAUAUUGGUGGCGGCUUUAUGCACUCGCUGACCAGUUCCUGGGGACACAUCUACCACCAUCGGCCUGUGCCAGGCUCGCGGCGGUCCGCCCAUCAGUCGACCACUCGUGUGCGCGACGUUCUGGCUUUCCCCUUCCGCCUCAGCUACAAUUGCUUUUUGUGGUGGAUGGCUCCGUGCAUCAACAUAGCCAAAGAUUAA